AUGACAGCACACCAAAAUGGGACCAUCUCCUCUGAGGUUUCAGUCUUCCUCCUGAAUUGCUUUGUCAGGUCCCCUAGCUGGAAAUUCUGGUUGUCCCCGCCCCUUAGCCUCCUCUUUCUUUUAGCCAUGGGGGCUAAUAGUGUUCUCCUGGUCACCAUCCGGCUGGAGGCAUCUCUGCAUGAGCCACUGUACUACCUGCUCAGCCUUCUCUCUCUGCUGGACAUCAUUGUCUGCCUCACUGUCAUCCCCAAGGUCCUGGCCAUCUUCUGGUUUGACCUCAAGUCCAUCAGCUUCUAUGCCUGCUUCCUCCAGAUGUACAUCAUGAAUUGCUUCCUUUCCAUGGAGUCCUGCACAUUCAUGGUCAUGGCCUAUGAUCGCUAUGUAGCCAUCUGCCACCCACUGAGGUACCCAUCCAUCAUCACUGACCAAUUUGUAGCCAAGGCUGCUAUCUUUAUUUUGGCCAGGAAUGGUAUUUUAACAGCGCCUAUCCCCAUUCUAUCAUCUCGACUCCAUUACUGUGGGACAAAUGUCAUUGAGAACUGCAUCUGUGCCAAUAUGUCUGUCUCCAGGCUCUCUUGUGAUGAUGUCACCAUCAAUCGCCUCUACCAGUUUGCUGUAGGAUGGACCCUGCUAGGAUCCGACCUCAUCCUCAUCUUUGUCUCCUACAACCUCAUCCUGCGAGCUGUGCUGAGACUCAAGGCUAAGGGUGCUGUGACCAAGGCCCUGAGCACAUGUGGCUCCCACUUCAUCCUUAUCCUCUUCUUCAGCACCAUUCUUCUGGUCUUCGUGCUUACUCUUGUGGUGAAGAAGAAAGUCUCUCCUGAUGUGCCAGUCUUGCUCAAUGUUCUCCAUCACGUUAUCUUCUCAGCCCUCAACCCCAUUGUGUAUGGAGUGCGAACCCAGGAGAUCAAGCAAGGAAUUCAGAGAUUGCUGAAAAAAAGUGUGGUAAUAAGGACAACUGGAUCUCUGCAUUCCUAA